AGAGAAAUUUCAGUUUUUAUUGGUCUAAAUAAGGCAUGAAUUUGGAAAUCUGUAUCUACGAGUUGGUUUCUUCGCUGUAAUGCUUGUUUGUUUUUGGUUUAGUGAACAACAUUUGGAUGAUAAAUUAUUUGUGCGGAAAAAGCUGCAAGAUGAUGCCAUGAUGGCAACACUAAUUUUGUUGCUGACUGUAGACUCUCUUUUCUUCGACGACCGUGAGAAGAGCUCUGAACCAAAAUCGCUUCCGCAACCUCGUAGAUCAUGUAGCGGCUCUAAAGAAAACUGUACGACAGUUGGAGGCAAGACGAGAUGAUUUGUUGAAAAGGAUUAAGGUACAAGAAGAUAGAGGUCUAAACCUAUUGGAUGAAGUCCAACAAUGGCUUUCUGAGGUCGAAAGUAGGGUAUGUGAAGCCCAUGAUAUCCUCUCGCAAAGCGAUGAAGAAAUAGAUAAUUUAUGUUGUGGCCAAUAUUGUUCUAAGAGAUGUAAAUAUAGCUACGACUAUAGUAAAAGUGUAAUCAACAAGUUGCAAGAUGUUGAGAAUCUUCUAUCUAAAGGCGUUUUUGAUGAAGUUGCUCAAAAAGGUCCUAUACCAAAGGUGGAGGAAAGGCUUUUCCACCAGGAGAUAGUUGGUCAAGAGGCAAUUGUUGAAUCAACAUGGAAUAGUAUGAUGGAAGUGGGAGUUGGGCUUUUGGGUAUAUAUGGUAUGGGGGGAGUAGGCAAGACCACCCUCCUCUCUCAAAUCAACAACAAGUUCCGCACAGUAAGCAACGAUUUUGACAUUGCAAUAUGGGUUGUAGUGUCUAAAAACCCAACUGUUAAGAGGAUUCAAGAAGACAUUGGAAAAAGACUAGAUCUCUACAACGAGGGAUGGGAACAAAAAACAGAAAAUGAGAUAGCAUCAACCAUAAAGAGGUCUUUAGAGAAUAAGAAGUAUAUGCUAUUGUUGGAUGAUAUGUGGACGAAGGUGGAUUUAGCAAACAUUGGAAUUCCGGUUCCUAAAAGAAAUGGAAGUAAAAUAGCAUUCACAAGUCGUUCUAAUGAAGUUUGCGGGAAAAUGGGGGUAGAUAAGGAGAUAGAGGUAACAUGUUUGAUGUGGGAUGAUGCCUGGGAUUUGUUCACGAGGAACAUGAAAGAGACAUUGGAAAGUCAUCCAAAGAUUCCCGAAGUUGCAAAAUCAAUAGCAAGAAAGUGCAAUGGCUUGCCACUUGCUCUCAAUGUCAUUGGCGAGACCAUGGCUCGCAAGAAGUCCAUCGAAGAGUGGCAUGACGCUGUUGGUGUUUUCUCAGGUAUAGAAGCGGAUAUUCUUUCCAUUUUGAAAUUUAGCUACGAUGACUUAAAGUGUGAGAAGACCAAGUCCUGCUUCCUUUUUAGUGCCUUGUUUCCUGAAGACUAUGAAAUAGGAAAAGAUGACUUGAUAGAGUACUGGGUAGGCCAGGGUAUUAUACUUGGUUCUAAAGGUAUAAAUUAUAAGGGUUAUACAAUCAUCGGCACUCUCACUCGUGCAUAUUUACUGAAGGAGAGUGAAACCAAAGAAAAAGUAAAGAUGCAUGAUGUGGUUCGCGAAAUGGCUCUGUGGAUAUCAUCAGGAUGUGGUGACCAGAAACAAAAGAAUGUUCUUGUUGUGGAAGCCAAUGCUCAACUAAGAGACAUUCCAAAGAUUGAGGACCAGAAAGCUGUGAGGAGGAUGUCCUUGAUAUACAAUCAGAUCGAAGAGGCAUGCGAAAGUCUUCACUGUCCCAAGCUCGAAACCUUACUCCUUCGAGAUAACAGAUUAAGGAAGAUCUCACGUGAAUUUUUGUCGCAUGUGCCGAUCCUUAUGGUAUUAGAUCUUUCUUUGAAUCCAAACCUGAUAGAGUUGCCCAGCUUUUCACCACUUUACUCUUUACGGUUUCUCAAUCUGUCAUGCACUGGGAUAACGAGCCUUCCAGAUGGGUUGUACGCACUGAGAAACCUGUUAUACUUGAAUUUGGAGCAUACGUACAUGCUGAAACGUAUCUAUGAGAUACAUGAUUUACCGAAUUUGGAAGUUCUGAAAUUGUAUGCUUCUGGAAUAGAUAUAACUGACAAGCUAGUGAGGCAGAUACAAGCCAUGAAGCAUUUAUAUCUGUUAACUAUAACCUUGAGAAACUCCUCUGGUUUGGAAAUUUUUCUUGGGGAUACGAGGUUCAGCAGCUACACCGAAGGUUUAACUCUCGAUGAGCAGUCAUAUUAUCAGUCACUCAAAGUGCCACUUGCAACGAUUUCGAGUAGUCGCUUCCUCGAAAUUCAAGACUCGCAUAUACCGAAGAUAGAGAUAGAAGGGUCAAGCAGCAACGAGUCUGAGAUAGUUGGACCGAGGGUUCGGAGGGACAUAUCCUUUAUUAACCUCCGCAAAGUGAGAUUAGAUAACUGCACUGGUCUCAAGGACUUGACAUGGCUGGUUUUUGCUCCACAUCUAGCUACUCUAUAUGUGGUAUGCUUACCCGAUAUAGAACACAUUAUAAGCAGAUCUGAGGAAUCUAGGUUGCAAAAAACUUGUGAGUUAGCAGGUGUCAUUCCGUUUCGAGAACUGGAAUUCCUUACUCUGAGGAAUUUGGGGCAACUGAAGAGCAUAUACAGGGAUCCUUUGCUUUUUGGGAAACUGAAGGAAAUCAACAUUAAAAGCUGUCCGAAGUUAACAAAACUUCCACUUGAUUCUAGGAGCGCCUGGAAGCAAAAUGUUGUCAUAAAUGCAGAAGAAGAAUGGCUGCAAGGGCUUCAAUGGGAAGAUGUAGCGACUAAGGAGCGUUUUUUCCCAAGCUAAGAAAAGGUUCCGGUUUUUCUUGCCUACUCUUUUUUAUAUAUGAAUACUACUGUGUGAUUAUUUUAUUUGGUAUGUAAAUCUCUGAUGCAUCAUAUGGUUUCUUAAUGUUUUAUAUGAGAAAAUUGCAUUCUGCAAGACUUGUGUACGUGUGAGAGUGAGAGAUCUCCCUGUCUAAACUGGAUUUGCUUUGUGUGUUUUGAACUGUCUCAAAAAAUUACAUUGCUCUGUGUGUACUUUCAUUUCCAAAUGUAUCUUGAUCAUGUUUAUUUGUUUGUUAUUACGCUUGUUUCCCUGAAACUUGAGUGCUUUGAGUGCUAAAUGAUUUGCUUCUU